CGUUUCACUGUCUAUGCGUCCAGCCGUACGGUGAUGAUGGAGCUCUCUGUCUAGUCGACAGUGCUCAAUAUGCUCCUAUUUGAAAUUUCCACUGACAUUAUGCACAUGUCGCUCGUUUCACACGCGAUGUGACUGCGGAUUUGAGUCAGAUAACGUUAUGACUCGACUGCUCGCGUGCCCUCAUCCUUCCCGCUACAGUCCGCGAGCUCCAGCAGGCGGCUAGCAGCUCCAGCUGGUCCGCCGCAGCAGCACACACAGCCCGGCGAGGAGAUGACGAGGAGGAGGCCUUGAAUGGCAGUUCGGCGUCAUCUUACAGAUUUAAUCCCGUUGGCGGACAUGGCGUCGCAGCUCCAGGUGUUCUCCUCUCCCUCCGUGUCCUCCAGUGCCUACUCUCGCUCAAAGAGGCUCAAAGUUGAGAACCCUGCCUGGGAUGUCUCCAGUCAGCUGGGAGAUAAUGGUUACUACCAGCAGAGCCCCACCCAGGGAGCUGCACCCUCCACAUCUGGCUCCAACUUCAACCCCGUGUACACCUCCAACCAGGUGCCCCCGCCUACAGCCGGCUCCCGGGAGCAGACGGUGGUGCGGGCGGCAGACAGCACAGGGAGCGUUCGCGGCCCUCCCUCCUCCUCUUCCUCCUCGUCGUCCUCCAGCCGCCGUGUGAAGGACGCAGGGUCCUCGUCGCAGCCUUGCGACGUCUACCACAAGCAGUACAGCUUGAAGCGGAAGAGCGAGGAGGUGGACAGCAGCGACAGCGUCCAGAUACUGGAGGAGCUCUCGGCCCCCGUGGUGUCAAACCGCAUCGCUGCUGGUGGUGGUGGUGGGGGGGGCACCACCACCGCCCAGUCCAUAGCACAUUCCACUUCUACCACCAAGAGCAGCAACUCCCACAGCGAGGGCGACUACCAGCUGGUCCAGCACGAGAUCCUGUGCUCUAUGUCCAACAGCUACGAGGUGCUGGAGUUCCUGGGACGGGGCACCUUCGGCCAGGUGGCAAAGUGCUGGAAGCGGGGCACAAACGAGAUAGUGGCAAUUAAGAUCUUGAAGAACCAUCCCUCUUAUGCUCGGCAAGGGCAAAUUGAAGUGAGCAUCCUCAGCAGGCUGAGCACAGAGAACGCUGAUGAGUUCAACUUUGUGCGCUCAUACGAGUGUUUCCAGCACAAGAACCACACAUGCCUUGUGUUUGAGAUGCUGGAGCAGAACCUCUACGACUUCCUAAAGCACAGCAAGUUCAGCCCUCUGCUGCUCAAGUGUAUCCGGCCGAUUCUGCAGCAGGUCGCCACGGCCCUGAUGAAGCUGAAGAGCCUGGGGCUGAUCCACGCCGACCUGAAGCCUGAAAACAUCAUGUUAGUGGACCCUCUGAGGCAGCCGUACAGAGUGAAAGUCAUUGAUUUUGGCUCGGCCAGCCACGUGUCCAAAGCGGUUUGUUCCACCUACCUGCAGUCCCGGUACUACAGAGCUCCGGAGAUCAUUCUGGGCCUUCCUUUCUGUGAAGCCAUCGACAUGUGGUCAUUGGGAUGCGUCAUUGCUGAGCUGUUCUUGGGAUGGCCGCUUUAUCCCGGCGCCUCAGAGUAUGAUCAGAUUCGAUACAUUUCCCAGACCCAGGGCCUUCCCGCAGAGUACCUGCUAAGUGCAGGGACCAAGACCAGCCGCUUUUUUAACAGAGGCCCCGACUCCAGCUACCCCCUCUGGAGACUCAAAACCCCUGCAGAGCACGAGGCGGAGAUGGGCAUCAAGUCCAAGGAGGCCAGGAAAUACAUCUUCAACUGUCUGGAUGAUAUGAUGCAGGUGAACAUGACCAACCUGGAGGGGACGGACAUCUUGGCAGAGAAGGCCGACAGGCGGGAGUUCAUAGACCUGCUGAAGAAGAUGCUGACGCUAGACGCAGACAAACGGAUCACGCCCAUGAAGACGCUGAACCACCCCUUUGUUACCAUGACACACCUGCUGCACUUCCCUCACAGCUCUCAUGUGAAGUCCUGCUUCCAAAAUAUGGACAUUUGCAAACGCAGAUGCAGCGCCUUUGAGAAUGGAAAAAAUCUGUUUGCGAGCAACAAUACCCCGAGUGCAGCCACCAACCUCACUGUCACCUUCAGUAGCCAACUCAACCAGCACAAUCAGGCGUUGAACACAGGCGGCCAGUCCCUGUCCCUCAGCAGCAACGUCCCGCUGCUCAACUACCAGCCUGGCCUCUACCAGCAGGCGACCAUAAACAUCCCGGGCCUGACCCAGCAGGGCGUGCCCCUGCAGACCAGACCCACCCAGCUCUGCGCCCAGACGGAGCCCUUCCAGCAAACACUCAUAGUUUGCCCCCCCACCAUCCAGGGUCUUCAAACCUCCAAUAAGCCCUCUGGUUACCCAGUGAGGAUGGACAACUCUGUACCCUUAGUCCCUCAGAACCAGUCGUCCCAGUCUCUUCACAUCCAGCCCGGCGUGCUGGCACAGCAGGGCUGGCCGGCAGGCACACAGCAGAUCCUCAUCCCUUCCACAUGGCAGCAGAUGCCAGGCAUGGCCAUCCACAAUCCUGGGCAGGCCGUGGUGCCCGACUCACCCAUGGGAGCCCCGAUCUCUGACAGUCAACAAGCUUCUGGCUGGAGGGGUCGUCAUGGAAACCAAUAUGACGGCGUCGGCCAGCAGGACUCUGGUGCUGGUCGUCACGCUGUCUCCCAAAGCCACAACUCAGGGGCCAGGUCCCAACAGGGCAAGAGGUCCAAGGCUCGGCAUGUAGAGAGCAGAACCAGGACUGUGUCGUCAUCGGCAACCACUGUGCUCCACAACACUAAUGCUUUGGCUGGCGACCAGUCUCAGCCCAUCGUCAUCUCAGACACCCCCAGUCCAGCUGUCAGCAUCAUCACCAUCCACAGCGACUCCGACGACGACGAUGACAGGAAGUUCCCCCCUGCCUUCUCUGGAACAAGUCAGAGGACCAACGUGAUCAGCUGUGUGACGGUGCACGACUCCCAUGACUCUGACUCGUCCACCAGCAGCCCCCUGAGCACCAAGACCACCUCGCAGCCCGCCAAGUCUUUGGCCGUGAUCACGCCCUCUGUGAAGAGCCAGCCGAGGGACAGCACAACCCACAAAGCUCCCGCAGCUCCAGAUCCAGCUACAAGUGGCACCGGAAAAUCCAAGAAAGGGUCGACUCAGCAGUCCAGUCGGCCAGGAGAUUCCAACAGUGACCGGCAUCAACGGGCUGCAUCCAGCAGAUCUCAGCCUCUCAACCUGAGUCAGGUACAGCAGUCUGUGAUGUCAUCAACCAGUGACCAAACAGGAAGCAGUGGCUCCCUGAGGCGGCAGCCCACCUAUCCCCCCCCCGCCUCGUCCCAUUCAUCCUACCUUCAUGAGAACACCCUGUUCAGCUCGACCCCGAACCUGUACGCGUACCCAGCGUCCGCCGCCCUGGCCUCCGUGUCCCAGGCUGUGGACCAGAUGCAAGGGGGCUCAUCCCGCCACGGCAGGGCCAGCGGAGCUUACCCUUCCCUGGCACUGCUCCAGAAGAACGGCAGCCUGGCCCUGGGCGGCUCGGCUCCGGGACACUACAGCAACCCCCACCCCCAACAGCAGCAGCAGCAGCAGCAGCAGCAGCAGCAGCAGCAGCUGGGGGGGCAGCCGUUCCACCACGCCAGCGCUACUUACCAGCGAAAAGUCAACCAGUACCCCUACCUGUGAAGACUGACAGGCCGUUUACACGCUUUCAACUAUUAGGGCAAAAUUAUUUUCACGUUCUGGCUGUUUGUUUACACGGCAACAGUUGGGGGGGGGGGGAGGGGGGGGGGGGAGGGUGGGGGGCUGCCAAAGAAAACUUUUAAAACUGGGUUCCAGAGUGAAUCUAAUAGGGCUGCUUGAUUAUCAGAGAAAUCAUAACCCCAAUUAAUUUGGUCAAUAUUGAAAUCACGAUUACAUGAUUACUCGUUUUCUUUUGGAAAGAUUAUUUGAAUUACAAUUGUUGAAUUUAAAAAACAGUAAGACCCCUACCAACAGUAAGCGUUCCCCCAGUACUUUUACCAUUUGAACUUUUCUUUUCGUCUUUCAGACAAAAAGAGAGUUUGCACUGCAAAACGUGACGUGCAAAACACAAGUUUACCGCGUUUAGCGUGAGCGUUGCCGUGUCAACGUAGCCUGAAGCGCCGCGUGCAGACCAAAUGGAGACCGAGACCAGAGACGAGCACAAGCUCAUCACGGGUGGCUGUGAUUACACUUUUAACUUUCCUUUACCAUCCAGUCCUUAUUUCUUUUUUUACCGCUUUCUCUGAUUAUUUCACAUCAAAUCAUCAUGAAAGGUAUUUAUGUUUGAAUCCCGGUCAGUUUCAUUUAAAAAUGAGUAGAAAUUGUAGCCCUUUUUUUAUACUAAGUCCCAAAUGGAAGGGGCCGCACAUCAAGAUGAAACUUCCAUUACUACUUACAGACUGCGAUGUUAAGUUGAUUUUUAACAUAUUAAGCCCCAAAUUUAUUUCAUUUAAUUGGGAAAAUGAGUGUUGAAGAGAACUUAACCGAACGCUGCUCUCUAACUAUUAAUAUUGUCAUCAUUGUGUGUGUGUCUGUGUGUGUGUGUGUGUUACACUUGUGUUCUACAGAAAUAAGAGAAAUCUACAUACUGUAUAACGCUAUGUCACUGUGUUCUUCAAAUGUCUUCAGGUUAAUUGACUUGAUUAUAUUUAUAUGUUUAGUAUGUUGAAUGAUGCAGUACAAUUCAGGGUAGAAUGGAGUAUUUAGAGGGGAUAGUCGUGUAUUUUACAGUUUAGAAGUUAUUCUUAAGGUGGCAUGUGUGUGACACGGAGUAGCCUUCAGGACAGGCUCGUAAAAUACUGCGGCUGAUUUUCUGUGUUGACAGAUCAUUUAUGUUGUGUUUAAUUUGUACAACAAGGAUUUUGGGAAAAUGUAAAAGCUCUUUGUCUUGUGAAGUGGUGUCUGUGAAGUAAAAGUGCGCACGUAAAAAUCUGAUUAACUAUCACACUACAGUAUCAUGUCAAAGCCAUUUAGAUUACAACUGUAAUAAUAUUCACAGUACAGUAACGCAUUUGAACUGUGAAUAAUCCAAUCUGACAAAUCAUUUAUGAAGAUCGAUGUCGAGUAUGUAACCGCUUCUAAACAAAUGAAAUGCUGGUUGUUCUCCCAAUCCUGCUGUGUUACACACAGUGAACCUUAACCCGCAUAUCCGCAAUAAAGUCUUCUCAAAACAGAA